AACCAGCUGCUCGCACCUUCCGCCCAGCGCCGGCUUUCCGCGCGACGAUCGCCAAGUUCCAUCUUCGCGUGGCCUCUGCGGCGCCCGAGCCCGCAAUGUCGGGCCCCAACGGGGACCUAGGCAUGCCGGUGGAUGCGGGCACGGAAGGAGAGAAUGACAGCUUCGGGGAAGCAGAGUAUGCUGCCAUCAACUCCAUGUUGGAUCAGAUCAACUCUUGUCUGGACCACCUGGAGGAGAAGAAUGACCACCUCCAUGCCCGCCUCCAGGAGCUGCUGGAGUCGAACCGGCAGACGCGCCUGGAAUUCCAGCAACAGCUUGGGGAGGCCCCUGGCGAUGCCAGCCCCUAGGUGCCGGGAGCCCCCAUCCAGGCCCUACCCUCACCUCUCUAGGCCAUGUUCUGGCCUGGGUAGAUACUACUUGGCUUAGACACCAUCUCGGGUACUGGCCUCCAGAUCCUAGUGGGUCUACCAGCCUGGACCAGUCCCCAUUCACUGCCCAUCACCCUUCCUGGAGUCAGGUGCAAUCCUACAGUUCUCCCACUUGUCUGUCUUCUUUCCCCUCCAUCCAGACUGAGAGUCCGAAUUAAAGAUGUCUCCCACA